UCUGAAAUUGUGCCGACGGACGGGGUUUCAAUUCAAUACCCUUGCACCACUCUGGCCUCAGUGCUUAUCCUACCCCACUGCAAUAUACACGGGUCUCAGGAUCCCGCGCCUUAUAUAGUGAGCGUGUUUGCGAGAAAGAGACACAGCAUAUAGCAAAGUGAUAGCAUAUCACAAGUGAAGAUGCGCACAGCAGCGCAGGUCUUCUACCUGGCAGUCUUCUCGCUGCUGGGUAGCUCGCAUGCUGUGAGCCCUGCUACGGCCGCAAAGGCAAAGAGUCCGCCGGCCAACGUCUGCGAUUUGGAGCCCGGCGCCAUUGUGUCGGACGCAUGCGCGAGCUACAGCACCCUCGAGCAGCUCAACGAAGCCGUGCACCCUUACCUCCACUCCAUCACCCAGGACACCGACUUCUUCUCGCACUACCGCCUGAGCCUGUACAGCAAGAGAUGCCCCUUCUGGGACGACGAGAAUGGCAUGUGCGGGAACGUGGCCUGCGCCGUCAACACGCUGGACAACGAGGAGGACAUACCGUCUGUGUGGCGCGCAAAGGAGCUGGGCAAGCUGGAGGGCCCCACGGCGCAACACCCUGGGAAGAAGCAGCAGAAGGAGGCACCGAAGCGGCCGCUGCAUGGAAGCCUGGGCGAGGAUGUGGAUGAGAGCUGCGUGGUCGAGUACGAUGACGAGUGCGACGACCGCGACUACUGCGUGCCUGACGACGAGUCGGCCCUGGUCAAGGGCGACUACGUGUCGCUGGUGGACAAUCCCGAGCGCUUCACCGGAUACGCGGGCGUGGGCGCCCAGCAGGUGUGGGAGGCUAUUUACCACGAGAACUGCUUUAGCAAGCCGUCCAAGAAGGCGCAGACAACAGGCCAGUCGGCGCCCCUGGGCGGAUCCUCGCCGUUCGGAGGCUUCGGCAACCAGCAGCAGAUGCUCGCGGCGAACCAGCUACGCAACGUCAUCAAGGAGCGCGGCGCACAGCAGAAAGUCCAGUCCGCCAUCGCCCAAGGAACCGCCGCCGCCCGCCUCAACCCCGUCGAGUUCGACGACACGUGUCUGGAGAAGCGCGUCUUUCACCGCGUCAUCUCGGGCAUGCACGCGUCCAUCUCGACGCACUUGUGCUGGGACUACCUGAACCAGACAACGGGCAAAUGGAGCCCCAACCUGACGUGCUACGAACAGCGCCUUCACAACUUCCCCGAGCGCAUCUCCAACAUCUACUUCAACUACGCCCUCAUCAUGCGCGCCGUCGGCAAGCUCAAGCAGCACAUCCAGGACUACUCCUUCUGCUCCGAAGACCCGGAGCAAGACCAGCGCACGAAGAGCUCCGUCCUGCGCCUCGCCUCGGCGCUCCCCUCGGGCCCGGAGAUCUUCGACGAAACAGUCAUGUUCCAGGACCCGGACACGGUCGUCCUGAAGGAAGACUUCCGCAACCGCUUCCGCAACGUGAGCCGCAUCAUGGACUGCGUCGGCUGCGACAAGUGCCGUCUCUGGGGCAAGCUGCAGACAAACGGUUACGGCACCGCGUUGAAAAUCCUCUUCGAAUUCGACGAGUACGACUCCUCCAAUGACCCACCGCUGCGUCGCACUGAACUCGUCGCCCUCAUCAACACUAUGGAUCGCCUCUCGCACUCGCUCUCCGCCAUCAAGGAGUUCCGCCGCAUGGUCGACGAGCGCGAGGGCGUCGCUCGAAUCGACACCUCCGCCACAGACGAGGGCGCCUUGAAAACACGCCUCGCUCUCACCGAGGCCGAACCAGAUGACAGUGAGAAAUCCGAGCCCAAAGACGACGGCCUUCCAGACGCGAAACCCACGCGCACACCUAGGAGACAACCUACAGCUUGGGAAAGCACAAAGUACGAGUUCAACCUCGUCAGACGCACCUUUUGGUACGUGCUGUAUCAGUGGACACUGCUCCCGGGGCGCUUUGCAAAGAUCUUCAUCUUCGAGAUGAGGCGGUUGUACAACUGGUGGAUUGGCCUUGUCCCUGGGCCGCGCAGCUGGGAGUUCCAUAUUCCCAGGGCGGAUGAGCUUUGAGUUCGUUUGUUGAGAGAACCUACGUUAUACUUUUACAUUGAAUCGUGUUGAACUGCAUGGCCUGGCGUUGUUGCUUAUUUGGGGACACGAAACGGGCGUUCAAUAAGAUCGAAUUUAGAGAAUAGAUUUCCACAUAUUUACACAUCACCAC